AUGAUAUUACAACGGCUCUCGAGGCAGCAGAAUGCCCUACGGACGGCUGUCUCAUCCUCACGAUGCAUUGCACCGUCCUCCGCGUCACCACCCCAGCGCCGAUGGAAACAUCACGUACCCACUCUAACAAACGCGGAGCAACACGACUUUGUGAGAAAUGGCGUGCCAGGGCUCCUCUCGCCUGAUGCCUACGGCUACGCAUGGACACAAUAUCAGCAGAUGAUGGUGGACAAGCUGAACUCGUUGACACAGGGUGCGGAUUAUCCAUCCCUGGAACUCUGCACGCCCGAGUACAACGCUCAAACCAAGGCCCUCGUCGUCUCCUCCGCGCGAGACCCGAACCAAGCUUCCCUCUUCAACCAUGCCUCCGCAGCAUUCAACAACCACUUCUUCUUCAAGGGGCUCGCCAUCGACAAAACUCCCAUCCCCACCACCCUCCAAUCCCACCUAAUCCAAUCCUUCUCCUCCCUCGAAACCCUCCGCAAAGAAUUCAUCGCCACCGCAGCCUCCAUGUUCGGUCCUGGCUUCGUCUGGCUCGUGCGGCGCAGACACCGCGUAUCCGCCGAGCAGUUCCAGAUCCUCGUGACCUACCUGGCCGGCUCCCCUUUGCCGGGCGCACACUGGCGGCAGCAAUCCCUCGACAUGAACACGCAGUCCCCGCAGAGCUUGGGCGGGCUCUCCGCCCCCUCCAACCUGCCAUCCCAGCUGACGACGGUGCAGAACAGUGUCGGCAGCAUGGGGCAGUACAGCGCGCAGGGGCAGGCGCAGAAGCUGACGCCGCCGGGGGGCGCGGAUGUGAUUCCGGUGCUGUGCGUCAAUACGUGGGAGCAUGUUUGGUUGCGGGACUGGGGGAUGGGCGGGAAGGAGAUGUAUUUGAAUCGCUGGUGGGAUCGCAUCGAUUGGAGCGUUGCGAGUGAUUUGGCGGAGUGGGAGAGUGGCGGCAGGAACUAUGAGGGGAGGAAUCAUUAUAUUUCGGGGCGGGGGCAGGGGCAGAGGCAGAGGUGGUGA